CAAUUUUCAAAUGAAAUGAGACGUAAUUUUUGAUGGAAUAAAAAAAGUUGAAAAAAGAUAUUAAAAAUGGCUGUUAAUCAUCAGAAAGUUGUGGCGAACUAUUUGAAUAAACAUAAGGUCACAGAGAAACAGAUAUCAAAUUCACAGCCUACGUCAAAAGAUAAACAGGGAAUUUAUGCUGACAAGUCCAGAAAACCAAGAUUUAUAAAGAGAAAACCACCUCCAGUUAUACAUGGCAAGGCAAAUAUUAGUCAUCUACCAGAUGAAUUAUUGUUAGAACUUUUUGAAUAUCUUGAUGCUGCCUCUCUUCUCACUUCUGCUUGUGUUUGUAAAAAAUGGCAGGAAAUUACAAAUGACAACUCACUAUGGAUUACCAUCUAUAAAAAUUAUGCCAAAUUUAAAGGAAGGCCAGUCAUACCAACAGGAAAGCUGCCAUUGUCGUACUGGAAAGAUUUAUGUUUAAAAAGAUGUUCUGAAGAAAGAAAUAAAAAUGUACAAAAAAUGAUGAAGAGAAUUCAUCUUUAUACUGGAUUACCUGAAAAUACUGUCAAAUGUUUGAAGAAAUGCGGAAUCACAUAUCAGCUGACGACAUUAGACAAUCACGGAGUAGAAAGAUCGUAUAGAUCUAGUGAUAUAUUUUACCAUACCAUGUCUGUGUCGAUACGCUGGUACAACCUACAGGGCCUCGCUAUCAAAUCUCUACGCAAGCUCAAAAUACUCUCCUGUAACCCCCUGUUUUUUAAUAGUCAGGGAGUGGUCAUUCCAAACAGCCCUUACCAGAGAUCAUUACUCACUGAAGUUUCUAUCAAAUGGGAAAACUGGAAGAAAGAGAAUAAACCCAUUAAAGAAGAUGAGAAUAUCCAGUUGUAUAAAAUAUCCAAUGAUAUACUCUUAGCAACUUGGAAGGCUGAUGGAGAACUGGCGUUUAUUGUUUGUGGUUUUCAUCACAAUAAUUUUAUAAACCGAUGUUUACUAGGCUCCUAUAAAUGCCAAUACGAACCAAAAGAACAUAAGGUUAUAUCAGAUGAUAUUGAUCCUAAUUACGGUUUACAUCAUUAUAAAUGUACAGUUGAACUACGGAAUAUCAGGCAGUCUAUCUGGAAUCAACAGUUCCAGGGUUUGGAAUGUAAACAGAACAAUAUAGUGAAUAAUAUAUGUGCUCUUAUAUUACGUCGAAGUAAUGAUGUCACAGACCGUCUGCCUGUUGAUAAGCAGAUACAGUUGCCAUGGAAAACAGAAUUAUUUAAAGGUAUCGUCAAGGAUGUAUGUUGGUUAGACGUAACUUUAUUAGAUGAACGAGGAGAGGUGUUCUGGUCUCUCAGCUCUCCAGUCUACACCAUGAGUAAAGAAACCACAAAAAAUGUAGCCAUGGAUUUUGAGUAUAAAGAUGAGUCGAAAUUAGAAAUGACGAUAAAAACAGUGGAUGUAGAAGUAUUGAUACAACUGAAUGAGAUGGAUGACGGAACGAGGUUCAUCACCCAUUUAGAGUUACAGCUAGAUAUCAGUCUGGUUGACACUUGGUUCGGCACCAGUUAUAGAAUUCCAGGAAAACAAGUUACAGAGAAACAAACAGAGAAUACCAUCUCUUACUGAACACCAUUACUUCAUUCUCGAUUUUAAAAUGUAGAUUUUAGCUACUGAUUUGGGUGAUCAGGCCCCUGUUUUACUUUGAUAACGUCAAAAAUAUCGUUUUUCUACACUUACUGUGCAAGUUUAGUCUUGCUGACCACAAAAGAUUUGUUUGAGAAACAGGGCCUUCACUUCACCUUUCCAGAUUUUAAUUUUUAUCUAUUUUUUUUUUCUGUGAUAAUGUGAAACGUCCGUCCUCAAAAAGAUUUUUAAAAAUAACUUAUU